UGUUUUGCCGGUUGAAUUAAAUUUCUGUGUAUAUUUAAAAUCCGUUUUAGGUGAGAAACUACCCAAAAUUCGCUUUUCAAGCAAUGCAACACAAGCCUUUCAAGCAACCCCUCAAUAAGGGUAACUAAAAAUCGAUUUGUCCCGGGGAUGAUUCACCCCUCGAGAAAAUCGAUAAUUUCCUUCGCAUUUUUCUUCCCGUUUGAAUAACAGUCGCAAAAUGCUCCCCGACCCGUUUUAUCUCAGCAAAUUCUUCCACGAGACAUUCAGAGUUCACCCCGAUAGUCAAAAAAAACGCCUCGAAUGGAAGAAACUCAAGAAGAAAACAUUGAAAUCUCGCACGAAACAAAAAAGCAAACUUGAAGUGAUGUGCGAGAAUGACUUUCAGUCGCCCCCUGAAAUGGAAUUACCCGGCAAUGCGUCAGCUUUUGCCGUUUUCGCCUCAAUACGACUCGCUGUCUUGGACCGGUGGAUGCGACAGGCCACUCAGGAGUACCUCCAAAGCAGCUGCAGUGCCCCCUUGCAAGACCAGAGCGAAAUCGACAGUGACACGGAAGAUAACAGCCAAACUAGCACAUACAUGCCUAUAAAAGUGUCAAAAGUCGUGGGAUUGGGGCUCAGAUCGGUCUUUGAAUUGAUCAAAGAGAGUCGCAUUACGCAUCCGGGACUUUGCACGAAAGCUUUAUCUGCGUUAUUGGACGUUUUGCAAGGACAGACACCUGAAGGGCUCAAAUCUGAGCCCCCGGACGUCAUAGACCCACUUUUUGACUUGUUGUUAGACUUGGCUUGCAUGCAUGGGCCGGAAAGCUCGGUUCCUAACGACGGCACUCAUCUGACUGCAAUCGCGUGUGCUUGUCUUCUGUCCCUAGUGGUGGUUAGGGGGGACACUGGGAAGUAUUUGUCGGCCACUGCGGCCCUUCUGAUGUGUCCAAGGGCACUAUCAGUGCAAAAUAUUCAGAUGCCGGCGGUUUUGUCAUCCCUGCAAAGGAGUGUCCAAGGGGUGCUUUUGGGGAAAAUGAUCCGACCUGAUUGGGUCACUCAUGGAGUACCAAGUAGCUCGAAAAUUGAUUCAUUUUGUGUAAAAAUGCCACACGAUUUGCAAAAUGUCAUGUUGGCUCUGAAAUCGCUUGCUUGUGACGGCCAAUAUUUGUAUUUAUUCACUUCCAAUGGACUUUUCAAAAUUGGGACGGGUUAUGGGGAUAGUGUUAAAGGUCACGUGUACUUUUGGAAACCCGAUUUUUACCCAAAUGACAACGGGACGUUAGUUUUUUGCACGGACAAUUUGUAUUUGAAGUUAAAUGGGCGCCGAGGCAGCGAAUUUUUGAUCGUUGAAAGGACAAAUUUGUUGAUUUCUGGAUCAGUGCCACUGCAUAGUCGGGACGAGUCUGCGUCUGUUAUUUUCUCAGAUGGUGAUAAUUUAGGGACGAUUUCGCCAUCCCGAGACGAUGGUUUUGUUGUCCGUAUUUUAAACCAACUGACUUCACCCGCCUCUCUAGUCAACGAACUUCCCUUAAAAUUGGCCCGCAAAUGCGUCGAUGUUUUCGGGAUUGCUUCUUUCGACGAGGAGGGGAAUUCCCAUACUGUAAACACCGGAAGUGAGGACGAAAUUGCGACGAUUUGUGCCGGAAAAGAAUUCGGUUUGAUUAAAACAACAACCGGAAAAGUUUUGUACUGUGGUAAAGCUUCUGCUUUGGGUAUCAAGCAAGCCGGAGUUAGGACCGGAAAAUGGUCGGAACUCAUCCUCACGAAAGCACCCAAAGUAACCCAUAUCGCAGUUGGCCAUGAUGGGUUACAUGCCAUUUUGUUAACCGAAGAUGGGUCGGUUUUUUUCGCUGGGACGGCUCGCAGGGGCGAAGAUGGGGACCAAAGUAAGGUCCGGAGGCAACCUAAGCCCAUCAAACCCAAAAAAAUGAUUAAAGUUGAUGGUCAGUUUAUCGUUUCUGCGGCUUGUAAUAACGGAACGACGGCUUUAGUAACCCGAGAUGGCGAAUUAUUAAUGUUUGGGAAAGAUACUGCUCAUGUCGAUGCCACUACAGGUUUGGUUUGUAAUUUGAAAGGCGAGUUUAUUGUACAAGUGGCUUUGGGUAAGGCUCACGCUGUAGCCUUGACGAGUAAAGGUCAAGUAUACACUUUUGGUAUUAACAACAAGUUUCAAUGUGGACGUGAUUUUGUUUCGUUGAAUAAAGAGGGUACUUCCCAUAAUAUCGUCGCUAUGGAUACUUGUGGUACCCAAGAUGAGCACGACCUCUAUGAAGAAAUCGACGAAAAUCGCAAGGAAGGGGAAAAUAGCGCUGGUAGCUCUGAUAACGUUAUAGAACCACACCAAAACAUGUGUCCCGCUGGGAUGCACUCUUGGCACGACGACAAAUGCAUGAUUUGUACCAUUUGCAGGGAAUGCACUGGAUAUUCCAUCAGUUGUCUCUCCUCAAUGAGCGCAGACCGAAAUCCCGGCCAGGAGUGUGGUUGCGGCGAAGGCGACAGCGGGUGUUCAGUCUGCGGUUGUUGCCGAAUUUGUGCACGAGAAGUCGUUGAUAAUUCCGAAUUGGCCGACUUGGCCGGAAUGAUGCGUUUAGACCUGAUUUUCCGCGACAAGGUUCUAAUCCCUCCGAGACAAAGAACCAAAUUACACGAGCAAAUCCACAGUCGGUUAGAAGAACGCAAAAAUCGGGGCCGCAAAUCUGGUCCUGGUCCUAGCAAACAAUCGGCGAAAAUAAAAUCGUUACGGCCUGCGGUUUCGGCCACUCCGACACACAGGUCGAGUAAUAAUACUCUGAGACAGUGUAAUAUCCUCGGAACGGUGAAGGAACAAGCCGGCUCUGAUGUCGAGCGUGACGCUACGAGAAUUGCAUGUCUGCCACCGGCGAAAGUUCACGUUCCUUCGGAUAGUCCAGUUGUGCAAAUUGCGUGCGGGCUGCAUCAUAGUGUGCUAUUACUACAAAAUGGACAAGUCUACAGUUUUGGAUCGAAUUUGUAUGGUCAAUUGGGUUGCGGCGACAUCCUGGCGAAAAAUAGUAUACAACUCGUGAGAUUGCCGUGUAGUGCUAUACACAUAGCGGCUGGAAGUAACCACACUGUUGUUUUAACAUCUAAAGGAGAAGUUUACACUUUCGGGAACUACCAAAAAGGGCAAUUAGGGCGAAAUUCACCUUCUGUGUCCCCUCAAGACUCGUCUCAACCCGGGCAAAGCACCAGCUCGCGUUAUAGCAACCCCAGAACUCCCUGGUAUUGCAUCCCAGCCAUCAUUCCAAACAUAGGCCCCAAACACGGCCGUAGAGCCACUUGGGUCGGGGCUUCAGGCGAUCAGACUUUUCUCAAAAUCGACGAAAGUCUCAUAAAUUCAAUCAGUAUUUCGAAAUCAAUCGUCACGGCUAACAAAUACUCAAUUGUUCUCUUGCCGAGUCACGAAGAGACAGCAAAAAGUUUCAAAUGUUUGGUUAUAAACAAAAGAGAUGGGAAUUGUAACUCGUUCAAAGGCCCCGAACAGGUCGAUUUCUGCAACAAAAUCGUCUGUAUGGACCCGAUUUAUAACAUUCUGUGGUCCUACAACCCGCUCAACCACGAAAUCACCUGCUACAACAUUAUCGCAACCGAAUUGCAAACGCGAAACUCGGUUAAAACCUUUGAUAAUAAAUUUUUAUUUCAUGUGAAGACGUUGAACGACAGUGUGACUGAACUUCCUGAUGAUUUGGAUUUAGCGGCGAUUCUUUCACCCGAAUUGUCUUUACCGGUUAUAACCAACUGUCACGUGACGCGGUUUCAAGCCGCUAUUAACUUGUUGUGUUGUCUGGAUACGCUAACUGCAGCACAUGAUUUGCAAAUGGCAGCGGUUAAGGAAGAAAUAGACGAUCGCCAGUUAGUGUCAGGGAAACAAUACUCAAAAGAGGAUUUUCAAAGUGUUAACCGGUUUGAGAAUCACGGUGGGGGGUGGGGAUACUCCGGACAUAGUAUUGAAGCGAUUAGAUUCAUGGCCGACACUGAUAUCCUACUAGGCGGGUUUGGUUUGUUUGGGGGUCGUGGCGAGUACACGGCCAAGUUGAAAUUGUUGGAUAUCGGCCCUGAUGGGGGUGAACAGGAAGGUGAUGGUGAAUUACUAGCCGAGACCGAAGAGGUGCCCUACGAGUGUGGUCCGAGACAGAAAUAUCCGUUGUUAUUCGACGAACCAAUUCAAUUACAAGCGCAUCGUUGGUACGUCGCUUGGUGUCGUAUAAGUGGUCCUAGCAGCGAUUGUGGCUCCUCAGGUCAAGCCAUGGUAACCACCGAAGACCAAGUUUUGUUCUACUUCAAAUCCUCGAAGAAGUCUAACAAUGGUACUGAUGUCAAUGCUGGUCAAAUACCUCAAUUGUUGUACAAAGUGAUAACACCUGAGAAUCACUCGCCGCCGAGACAUGUCGAUAUUGCAGAGCCCGUUCAUAUCCUGUCGAAGGAUUUUUCAAGGACUGUGACAAAAGAAUGUUUCCAAAGCCUUCUUUCUUUGUUACAAUGGUCGUGGAAUACUUUCAAAUGGGGAGUUGUUGAAGGACAAUCGAUCAAAAAUAUGUACACUAAUAUUGAAUUGGAACGCUUGGUUUAUAUAAGUAGGGCGAGUUUGAGACUAAUUCACACUUAUACGAAUGAGAUUUAUCCGAAUCAAAUUAUCAAGAAAAUUCCUUUAGAAAACGUACAACUGGCCGAAAGUAUCGGCGAUGUAAGGACUCUUUUGAAACAGAUAUUAUCAGAUAAUUUGCCGGCCCUCAUGAAUAAAAAGUCGAGCAAGGGGAAAAAUUACAGCCAAAAUUUUGUUAUGAUGAAUAGCAUUUUGGAGGAGUGUCAUAAUACGUUUGUCGCUUGUUUCCACGCCUUUUACCCAACAGCAUAUUUAAAGUGGAAUUGUCUUUGUGACCUGCUUUCAGAAAUUGAUAAAGAAUCUAACCGAUCGUCACCUUUUAAUAGCCAACGCUUGUUAAGUGCUGUUUUGUGCGCCCUCUGCGCCCCCAGUGUCCGACUUAGAAGCACUUUUCCACUACUGGGGAGUACCAUAGGCUCUGACAGUUCGCUUCACCGGGGGCUGAGUCCCUCAGACAAUACCGGACUACCAAUGAUGAGCAUUUCAGACUCUCAUCAUUACCCGAUUUUGGUCGAACAAAUGAGUUACAAGAGUCAGAUGGACUGUUAUCUGGGGCCUCUAUGGCAAUGGAAGGACGUCCUCGAUCGAUUAUUACAAAUCGUUUCAGAACCGAUAAACCAAACUUUGAAAAAUAGCAAAACUUUGUGUUUGCCCGGCCUGACGCGACACUGUUGCCAUUUAUUAGCACGAGUCGUAGCCGAGUUGGUUCACCAAUGCAGUGCUACAGAUGAGGAUUUGCAAAACGCAUGCGGGCGCAUUUUACACAUGACCACUUCAAGGUUCACACGGACCAACCAAUCGCGGACUUGGAAUACCGGAAACGGGUCUCCGGACGCGAUUUGUUUCCAGGUGGAUCGGCCCGGAAUUUCUAUCGCCGGAGUCGGAGUGUAUGGGGGGAUUGGCCAUUAUGAAUACGAACUGGAAUUAUUAGAAGACCAAAGUUCUUUGAGCGGUUCCGAGAGCCACACCCACACCCAGCGUUGGAACAGUUUGGAAAUCACAAGAGGGUCUUUCGUGCCGGAAGACUUCGCCCCCGAUAUAAUCGAAAUUAAGUUCGACAGAGCCGUUCCCAUCAAGGAAAAUAUAAAAUAUGCUAUAAGAUUGCGGAAUCACGGUGGUAGAACUAACAAUGGUGAUGGAGGAUUGAAUUCGGUGAAAGGUUCAGAUAACACGACUUUUACAUUUUCCACUUGUUCGUUGAGUUUUAACGGCACGACACUUACAAGGGGGCAAAUACCGGUCAUUUUGUACUAUAGUAAUCCGGUGGAGUGUGCUAAAACAUCAACGACGAAAUUAGAGCAACAAGCUCGGAAAGCUGCUCUAUCAAUGGCUAGUGCGAUAAUACACAAUGCUUGUGAUUUGAUGGCUACGGCGCGUGAAAAAGCCGAAGAGAUUUCUUCUGCUGAAAUUUUAAGUAAUUCUUAUAUGGUUACGACUUUGCUACCACUGGUUUUGGCUCAUAUAAGUCCCUUGGCCACUAGUGAUCCACGAAGUGCUGUGCAUAUACUAACCCUGAUUCAAGAAAUACUCCCACAUGUCUCGGCUUUAAAUUUAUUAGGAGGUUCCACUCCCGUCACUACUAAGUCACUUGUGACGUCAAGUACUCAAGAUAGUAUCGACUAUAGGACUAACACUACUAGUCAUCACUAUACGUGGGUUGAGGGUGAUCAUCCAUACAAACCAGCGACGGUUUCAAAUUACCGGGUAAUUUUCCCGGAUAGCGUCAAAUGGAUGACUUUAGAGUUCGACCCGGCUUGCUCCACCGCUCAACCCGAAGAUUCGUUACAAUUAUAUGUCCCUUCGCUCGACUUUUCUCUCAAAACUAGCAAAACUUACGACAUGGACGAUUCCGAGUCGCCGCCUUUGCCCUAUUGGCCCGUUUUACAUAAAUUCACAAGCUGGUAAGAGCUUGAAUGGGAUUGUGAGAUUUUUUAAUCGUUGAUUAGUUUGCAGUGGCCCACGAAUUCGGUCGUUUUGCCCGGGAAUGAAGUAAUUUUUUCGUUGGAAACAGCAUCGGAUUAUUUGAAAGACGACAGGUCGAGUUCGUAUGGUUUCAAAUGUUUGGUAGUGGGAUACGAGUGGCCCCCUGCCGGGAACGGGAGUACUAUUUUGGGGUUGAAACAUUUGGAGGCAGAAUUGGCGUUUUUGGGAGGGAUGUGUGCGGCCAGUAUGAUGAAAAAGGAUUUGCAAUUGCCCACGAUGGGAGACGAAGGGGAUGUUGAUGUAGAGAUGGCGGAAGCAGUGGCGUCGCAAACGUUAACCGUUCAUGGGCCGUUGUUGUCGAAAGGUCUGGCCUUGAGUAGUCCUCCAACUGUAAAUCAGGCAUUGGAUGGAAUGUUGCCGUAUAGCAUCCACUCAAAUGAGAGACUCUUCCUGCGAGACUUCGUGAGUUGUGUGGCCGGUUCCAGUGGCGGCCGUUUAGCCCAAUGGCUUCAGCCUGGCAGUAGAGUAGAUCCAUCAAAAUGUCAAGUUUUGUAUUCCCGAGAAGAGUUACGAUGCGGAUGGCCAGCAAUCAUCACAGUUGUUACGCGAGACCAAUACUCUGAUUUAGUUAACGUUCCAAAUAUGAAAGUGGAAGUAAAAGCGAUUCCUAUUGAUAAGAAAGAAUUAGGCGAAUGCGAUUCUGGGAGAAAAAUCCCUCGAGUCAUGCAACCCGACCCUUUGACUUUCGGGGGUUUAGUACCGCCCCCCUUACACCAUCCUUACGAGCCCACCAUCAGGGAUAAAAUGUGUUUCCAUUCGAUUAGUGUCAUGAAGUCGUAUCAGAAUUACUCGUUCGAAGAAUUGCGAUACGCCUGUCCUCCUGUUAAAAGAUCCAGCGAGAAUAUGUUAGUGAGACAUAACAGUGAUGGGACCUAUAGUGCUACUUGGACACCCGCAUCCGUCGGUUUUUACUCGAUUGUUGUCUAUAUCGACGGUUAUGACAUGGAGGAAGCUUUCAAAGUUGAAGUUAAGGAACCACCGCAAGGAAUGACACCGCCGAGUCAAAUUACGGCGAAAAAAUCGAUUUAUCAGCCGAGUAAAUUGAGGAAAUUUGUGGCUCAGAAUUCGGCAGGAUUGAGGAUUAGGGCGCAUCCGUCGUUGCAGAGCGAACAGAUUGGGAUUGUGCAUGUUAAUGGCACGAUUGCCUUCAUUGAUGAGAUUCACAACGACGACGGCGUAUGGUUGCGUCUUUCCGCCGAAACGAUAAAACAAUACUGCACCACGAGCGUAAUCGAAGCGUGGUGCUUGCAAUACAACCAACAUUUGGGAAAAACCCUUCUACUGCCGGUCGAAGAACCCAAAUCGAUUUUAGACCAAGUCAUAAGCGACACGAUUAUGCGUAAACUGCCCGAAAUCAGCGACAGACACAAAAUACCUGGCAGUUCUACCAACUAUCAAGUGAUAAAAUGCGGCGCUUCCGGCCACAAUAUCAGAAGUCGGCCCAGUCUUAAAGCCCCACCUGUUGGAAUGUUAGUGUUGGGAAAUCGCAUCGGUGUUAUCGAUUACGCAGUCAACCCUGACGGCUAUUGGGUGCUUUUGGAUAAAACCACAGCCGAGAAAUAUUGUUUUAAUACGGACCAUGAAGCCUGGUCGUUAGCAAUAGGGCCGAAUAAUGUUUUGUAUUUAGGAAAUGUGACAGGGGUGGAGAAAGACACUUGCCCCCAAGUGUCAACAGAGGCCGAAUUUGUGAAACACUCGAAAAAGGGUUUUGAAUUUUCCUGUGGGAAUCCCCCCGAACCGAAUUUUUCUUUCGGGGGCCAGCCAAUCCAAAAUUCGGUUGUAACACCCAAAGAGACUCUUUCGACAAAUCCGUUCGUUUUUGGUGACAGUAUUAAAUCCGAAUCGCCCAAACUUCCAAAACGAGAAAGGAAAGAAUCGAAAUUGAGUAGUUUACCAAAAUGGUUUAAAGGCGACGACGUCAAAGUUGAUGACUCUUCAUCGAAAGAACACGGUUGUAAUGGUAAUGGAAUCACACCACCUGGGACCCCGAAACGCUCACAAAGCCCUCGAGCUGGUCAUCUAUCCCCGAAGCCGAUAAGUCGGAGCUCUAGUCCCGUCCCGAUUCCUUCAACUGAACGACAAGAGGUUGUCUCUUCGGUUCAAGUCGUACAGAAUUUAAGGCUGAUCGAAGCUCGUGGUAAUAUCCUCCACGACAGCACAAGUAGCAGUCCUCAAGCUUUCGGUUCACCUCGUAGCAUCGGAAUGUCACCUUUAGUUUCAGCUUCCGGUCCAGAAUUUUCAGUACGUCGCGGUUCCAACCAAUCCGAUACCAGCGCUCUGGUGAGUAGCUUAACACGUGACUUAUCCCAAUCACCAAGUCAAGCCACACAACCACGUGACUUAUCACCAAGUCCAAGCGGCAGUUCUUUACACACACGAUCUGAAACCAGUCCACCACAUACACCAAACAAAAAGGAAAAUACUGACUCGGAACAAAGUUCCAAAAAAUUGACUCAAACCGGGACGCAAACUUCACCAGAAAACAGCUCGAAUCCUUCCAUUAAAAGUCACUUUUCUAUUGGAAGUGGGAGUAAAGACGAAAGAAUGCCUCAGAAAGUGUCACGAGUUGAUAGAGCGACUGGAAAAGCCCGGCCCAAAAGGGCCAUAAGUCCGGCGAGUUUGCAACAACUUCCCACCAGUUCGAAGGUGAACUAUCAAGGGUCUGAGUCAGCAAAACAGGCGAUGAGUCCGUCAGUGGCUGAGUCUUUGAGGGCCGUUUUCGCCGCCUUUCUCUGGCAUGAAGGUAUCGUCCACGAUGCUAUGGCUUGUGCCUCAUUCCUGAAGUUUCAUCCCACAUUGCCGAAACAAGGAGCUUUGGUUGUAACCCGCCAAUCGGAAGCACCGGUCGAUAAGAGACGCCAGGAGUUGUCCAAGGAAGAGAAAGCAAGACAGAGACAUUCGGUUGAGGUCAGCAAUGCGGGGAAUUACCUACAUAUUCAACCUUCGACGCUAGAAUCGUUAACGAGGUCCGCAGCCAAUGCUAGUGCCAAUAGAAAAAGGCCUAACAAAUAUCCAGUGAUAAUAAAUGAGGAAAGUGGGGAAAAGUAUACUGAGGGCGGGUAUGGGUAUCAUACGAUAUCAGUGCUGCCACCUGCUUUGAAAUCGUUAGUUUUUCUUUGGGAGGAACUGACGACGAAUUGUCUUCAAGCGAUUUCGCAUGAUAUGAUCGUUGCGAGUCCCGUGCAUAAAAAGAAGAGUGAUAAGGGGGGAAGCAAGGAUAAGGAUAAGAAUGCAACAAUUGAGAAGGAAAGUAAGAAGAGUAGGAAGAAGAAAAUUUCGCCGAGGAAUUAUUUAGAAGACAUCGGCCUUUCGAGCUACCUGCACUCGUCGAGUUGGGAAACUCUUUGCGAGCUCUGCGGCGAAGUGUUCCCCCACCCUGUGACCUACCACAUGCACCAGUCACACCCUGGUUGUGGUCAACACGCCGGCGGUAAGGGGUACAACUCUGGCGGAAAUUAUUGUUUGGGUUGGGCCGGCAAUUGCGGCGACGGCGGUAUUCCCAAUAGUUCGUGGUACCUUCUAUGCGAAAGCUGUCGCGAGAAAUACGUCAAAAUGAACCGCGGAGGCAAACAACAAACCAAAAGCAAAAAUCUAACUCGGAGAAAAAGCGUCUACGUGAAACCUCUAUCGUCGCCGUCGACUUCACCAGGUCUUGAACCCCACGUGAUCAUGAAAAAUAACGCAAUGUUUCUAUUGGAUUUGGCCAGUUCGGCCGAUGCGGUUAUAACCAGACAGAGAAGACCAUCGUCGAGUGUCAUGCCAUCGGUGUCUGAGAAUAAUUCGCCCCCGGAUUGCGGCGGACCAUUUAGUCCAGUGCCGCCUUUUCAAUGCUUACAAGCUUUGGGGGCGAAUUUAUCCCCAAAUGAACCGGAGUUUUACGAGAAGGUUUUGAGGCAACAAAAUUUGCACGAAGUCGGGUUCGGGCAGAGGGUAAAUAUUAAGAGUUUCGGGGUUUUUGAGGGUGUUUAUUAUGGGUUUCAGCCACUAUCGGAGGUUUCCAUCUCGGAUAAUGAUUCGGAUAGUGGAAAGGGGUUGCGGUUUCACCGAUCGGUUUCAAUGGGUACCAAUGGGAUUCCCUGGUCGAAGACAGGGUUAGAUGGAAGGAUUAUUAUGAUGAGGAAAAGGAAUAACAGUAGCAGCGAAAUUGCGAACGAGGGGGGAUCAUCUCUACUGUGCAACCCGUCGAACGCCCUCCAGAAACUAGUACCAAAAAUGGACACUUCGGCAAUAGUAAAAGCUGAAGCAUGCGACCACACUGAAGGUCUCGUCUUGUUACAACGGCCGGUAAUGCAGUUUUUGUUACAACAACACGACUUGGAGGCACUUCAAUUGGCUAUGAAGCAGGCCCUCAGGAAGGCCAUGUGCCGAGUCUAUGCUAUGCAAGCCUUAAACUGGCUUCUAAAAUCCGUUACUCAACCCAUAUGUUUGCACGACUUGCUCUGGUGGUUCGUGACCUCGCUAACACCCGUCGAAGUUGAGACGGAAACGGACGAUGAUAACCGACCGGCGAAAAAAAUAGACGAUCAAGACUUGAACGUGUGCGAACAUCCACUUUCCGAUAUCACAAUUGCGGGCGAUGCCGUUCACCCACUUCCUAGCACAUUCCAUGCCCUCCUCCAGACCAUCGCCGACCUUAUGGUACUUUUACCCAUGGGUUCAUCCCUGCAACAAAUGGCGGUCCGGUGUUGGGGCUUGAGAUUUGCCCCUAGUGAUCAUUCAUUCCUACACCGAUCUCAAGUUUUUAGCAAUAUAAGUAAAAUUUUGUCCCGGAGUGAAGAAAUGGAAGAUUGUACGAUUUCAAUGCACGAAAGUCACCAAAGUGUUCUCAAUCAAGCCAACUGUAGUGUCGAAUGUCUCAAAGAUUUGACCUCGUCGAUCGAGAUUAAAGCUUCGAGUAGACAAGCGAUGAUUGGGAGUUUGACUGAUGGUUCGACUGAGACGUUUUGGGAGUCAGGAGAUGAGGAUAGAAAUAAAACGAAAAGUUUGACAAUUGUGUGUGCUCAAAACCACCAUCCCACUUUGAUUUGCGUUCAUAUUGACAAUUGUCGCGAUUUGGGGAACAAGGUUUCAAGUAUUACGUUUUAUUCGGGCCCAAACACCGACGAAAUGAUUAAAUUACGGACUGUCGAAGUCGAGACUAGACUUCUAGGCGGUUGGGUCAACUGCCCUCUCACUGAAUCGAUCGAUAGUGUGAUUCGUUUAGAGCUUAAAGGCCCGGAUAAUUCAGUCCGUGUGAGACAAAUCCGGGUCUUGGGUAAAAUCGAAGGUGAGUCUUUGAAAGUGGGCAAACAAUACAAUGCUGCCACCAUUCAGCAACGAAAUUGCGAAGCUGAAACACUCCGAGUAUUUCGAUUGAUCACAUCGCAAGUUUUUGGAAAACUACUUCAAGGCGAAGAAGGUCAAAAUUUGAAUGAUAGUGGUUCGAUGUCGGCAAGUGAGAGUCUCGAACCGUUGGAGGAAAGUAACGAUUUGAGGGAACACAUGGUUGGGAUUUUAUUCAGUCGAAGUAAAUUGACACAUUUGCAAAAACAAGUGAUUGUUCAUAUCGUUCAAGCGAUACGGAAAGAGACAGAACGUGUGCGAGAAGAAUGGGAAGUGUCUCUUUGUUCAAGUAACGGGGUGUCAAACAGUCAAGAUGUUACUAAAAAUUCAGAUACUUAUUGUUUUGAGAUGUUAUCGAUGGUUUUGGCUUUAUCUGGGAGUUCAGUUGGUCGGGCUUAUUUGUCGCAUCAAGGAGGCCUUCUCGGGGAUUUACUUAGUCUUCUCCAUACCGGGAGUGCUCGAGUUCAGCGACAGGUUACUUCACUUUUACGUCGAAUUUUGCCCGAAAUCACUCCAGAUUCGUUCGCUAAAGUCAUGGGAAUCACCAAUUUACCACCGAAAGACUUUAGUAUAGUCUCUGCGACUUAUCGAGGCUCCUUCGAUAAGCAUAAACCGGGAAUUUUGGACGUCUUUUUGAGCGUUAUAGCCAAAGCAUUGACGGUUCAAGUGAAAGUCAAGAGCAAAAAUGGGGCCGGUGGAGCCCCUAAAGAAAUAAAUACUGUCACUUUAGCCACUUCCAUUUACCCUAAAGACAAUCUGGGGAAGCGUUGGUGGCUACGAGGCUAUGUCAAUCGGAAACUAGCUGAAGUCAUCGUCCACUUAAUCAAAGAUAUGGCCGCAGGGAAAUUAUCCGAGAUGUGGGCCAAUGUGACCAAAGGGGCUAUUGCUGAGAAUAUUUUAGCUUUGACUCAGUUGAGCGAGGAGCAAAGAGUCCCGACGAUGUGUCUCAGGACUCCUACUUUGUGGUUAGCUCUUGCUUCGCUCUGUGUCCUAGACAAGGAUCAUGUGGAUCGAUUGUCAUCAGGGCAGUGGAGUAACGCCGAUGGACAACCGGCGCCACCUAGACCCACGUGUACGAACCACGAUGAUGGCGAAACCAACGCUGUGAUUCAGUGCAACACUUGCGGAAAUCUUUGCGCCGAUUGUGACAGGUUUUUGCACCUUCAUCGCAAAACACGAAAUCACCAAAGACAAGUGUGUAAAGAAGAGGAAGAAGCGAUCAAAGUCGAGCUGCACGAAGGCUGCGGCCGCACGAAACUCUUCUGGUUGUUGGCGUUGGCCGACGCUCGGACUCUCAAAGCCCUGAUCGAGUAUCGCGACGGCGGGGCCCGAACCCGAGGCGCCGGAAUGAGUGGAGUUUGUCGUUUCUGUGGCGCGACCGGAAGUUCCGGCCUUCUGGCCAUCGGCAACGUUUGCGCCGACCACGAGUGUCAAGAAUACGGACGCACCGCAUGUCCCAAACUCCUAAAUUGCGGCCAUAUGUGCGGCGGAAUUCUCGGCGAGACCAAAUGUCUACCCUGUCUUCACGGGUGCUCCAAUGAGCCGAAUUUGAGGCAAGACGCCGACGAUAUGUGCAUGAUUUGCUUCACGGAGGCGUUGUCGUGCGCCCCUGCCAUACAACUGAAAUGCGGUCACGUGUUCCAUCUGCACUGUUGUAAGGCGGUGCUUAUGAAGCGAUGGGCGGGGCCUCGGAUCACGUUCUCGUUCUCGCUUUGUCCGAUUUGUAAGGAGGAAAUUGUUCAUCCGACUUUGGACGAGCUGUUAAGCCCGAUUCGGGAUUUGUAUAAGGAUGUGAGAAGGAAGGCUUUAAUGAGGUUAGAAUACGAAGGGCUGCACACGGUCGAGGCUAUUGCCACACCCGGGGCGAGGUUUUACAACGAUCCAGCCUCCUACGCCAUGGACAGAUAUGCUUAUUACGUUUGCUACAAGUGCAAUAAAGCGUAUUACGGGGGAGAAGCCCGGUGUGACGCCGAAGUGGGGGAGAAUUACGACCCCACCGAGUUGGUCUGUGGAGGCUGUUCGGACGUAGCCAGAGCCCAGAUGUGCCCCAAACACGGCACCGAUUUUCUCGAAUACAAGUGUCGCUACUGUUGUUCCGUUGCGGUGUUUUUCUGUUUCGGAACAACGCAUUUUUGUAAUCCAUGUCACGAUGAUUUUCAGAGAGUCACGAAUUUGUCGAAAAGCGAACUACCGAGUUGUCCCGCCGGUCCAAAAGCCAAACAGUUGGAAGGAGAUGAGUGUCCACUUCAUGUUAAGCAUCCACCAACCGGAGAGGAGUUUGCUUUGGGGUGUGGCGUGUGUAGAAACGCCCACACGUUUUAAAUUGGUAUGUACUUAAAAAUAGGUAUAAUGCUAGAAAUGAUUGUUUUGCAAAGUGUAUGAUAUUAUGGGUUGUACGAUUAAGUUCCUUUAUUAUGACGUUCCAUUUUUUAUUACUUGUAAAGUUUGUUCCAUAUUGUAGUGGACAUUCUGCCGAUCCACGCCCAUUUGGAACACAAUUUUGACUCAUUUUAUUUAUUUUGAUAUUGUAUCUUGUUUAAUAAAAUUGAUGUGAAAUAAAGUCCUUACA